GUUUUCUAUUCAAGACAUUUUGUCGUAGUUAACUUAUUUUCUUUCGGAAUCUUUUGCUAAUUUCAAAAAAAAGGAAAAAUGUUAAUGAAUGAGAAAUAAAUUAAAAAACAUGGAAAGCAAUCAAAAAACUAUUUGUCAUAUGUCGACAAUAUUGAAUGAUUAGAGGUUAUCAACAUUCAUACUCUAUAAAAUUCAAGUUGAGAGAAAUAUUUUAAAAUCUUUUUUGCUCUAUUGAAAUCAGUAAAGUCUUAUUUAUAAAUUAAAAUUUCGUAUAAAAUCAUGCAGGAUCUCUUUUAUCAAUAUUGUAUUCAUCAAACCAUAGAAACACUAACAUUAGAAGAAACAAAGAAAAAUUUUUCUAUUAAAUAUUGUCUAUAACUAGAUUUUUGUCAUGUUGAGAACAUCUGAAAAGUUUCAAUCAGAACAAUGGAUUUCUUCUUGAAAUAUUCAACGUUCUACAAAUGAUUGGAUCUUAGAAAAAUCAAAAAUUUCAGAAUAUUGAUAGAAAACAUUUCAGAUAAAAAAACAUUCUGUGUUACGUUUUUCUAUCAAUAUACCAUCUGAUGAUAAAAAUCCAGUAAAAUUAUCGUAACUUUUGAAGAGAAGAUGUAUGAGCUCGAAUCUCUUUGAAGUUAUUCUAGUCUAGGAUAUCUACUCUAUAUGCUCAAUGUAUGCAUUCAAACUUGAUGUAUACCUUUGUUUGAUUUCCUCGUAAGAUUGAAUUACGACUAAACAUUUUCUUUUUCUUCCUUCAUACCGAGUAAAUAUUUAUUCAACAAGGCAGCAUACCUAUUCACUGUUUCAAUGAUAGCUAUUGUGAGAUGGUGUACGCCUGUAAUUGAAAAGAAAAAGUUGCAAAAUUUCUCAGUAUUGAGGUAAUUCAAAGUUAUAAAUUCGUCAUAAGAUUCUUUUUUGUUUAUGGAACAAAUUUUGAAAUGAAAAUUAAUUCUUCAUUUCUUAUUUUAGCGUCGUCUUAAUGUUUAUAUUGAAUUAUCCGAACAAAUGCAUCUACCAUUUGCAACUGAUGUUGAAUUAAAAGAACAUGCUGAACGAUGUCAUGCCUUUGAUCAUGAAAAUGAUUUUUUUAAAAUUGAUUUAAUCAUUUGUAUGGGUGGUGAUGGUACACUUUUACAUGUAUCAAGUAUAUUUCAAAAAAGUUGUCCACCUGUUUUAUCAUUUUCAAUGGGUUCACUUGGAUUUUUAACUCCAUUUGAUUUUAAAUAUCAUGAAAAAAUUUUAAAUGAAGUUAUAGCAGGCAAUGUUGCUGUUCUAUUACGUACACGUUUAAAAUGUUCAAUUGUUAAAGGUUUAAAAAGACAAUCAUCAUCAUCAGCAUCACUUCUUUCAACAUCAUCUGAUGAUACAACAAAUGAAGAAACUAAUAAAAAUUCUAAUAAAGAUGAUAAAAUAUCACAUUUAGCAUUAAAUGAAGUUGUUAUUGAUCGUGGACCAAAUUCAUAUUUAUCAAAUCUUGAUUUAUAUAUUAAUGAUCGAUUUAUUACUAAAGUACAAGGUGAUGGUUUGAUUGUUUCAACUCCUUCAGGUUCUACAGCUUAUGCAAUGGCUGCUGGUUCUUCUAUGGUUCAUCCUAAUGUUCCUGCUAUGGUCAUAUGUCCUAUCUGUCCACAUUCUUUAUCAUUUCGACCAAUUGUUGUUCCAGCUGGCAUUGAAUUAAAAGUAAAAGUUUCAGAAGAUACUCGUCUUACGGCAUGGUUGUCAGUUGAUGGAAGAAAUCGACAUGAAUUGCAUCAACAAGAUAGUGUACACAUAACAACAAGUGUUUAUCCGGUCCCAUCUAUAUGUCGAUUUGAUCAAUUAGGUGAUUGGUUUGAAUCAUUAGCUGAUAUACUUCAUUGGAAUUUACGUAAAGCACAAGGAGGUCUUGGUGGUAGUGAAUCUCCUGAACGUGAUGUGCAAUUAAACGAAGAUCAAACGAAUGAUUCUUCAUCUACGGAAACAACUCAAUCAUCAACUUAA